UACUGGUUAGCUUUUUUUAACUUCUUAAAAAGUACUUCUUUUCCUCUCUCCCCUCAAAAAAAUUUCUUAGAAGAACACUAUAACCCAGAUUGUUUAUUUAAGUAUUAUUCUGUAAUUUAAUCUACAAUAAUAUAUAUUAUGGUUACCCAGCUUCGUUUUGAAAACUCUUUUUGGACACCAAAUAAUUAUACUGGAGGUAUCACAGUUUUGUACGAUAAACUUGAACAGGGAAGGAUAGAAAAUGAAGAAAUCGUUGCGUUUAUAAGGGAAAGGAUAUCAAUCGAGGAGUUAUAUGGUAAAAAACUAUGUGAUCUCUCCAAGAUUAGUAGUAGGCAAGACGGGUUCUUGCGUGAUGACGGUGCUUCUUUACGACGUUCAUUUGAGAAGGUUAAGAAUGAGUGUUGUAAUUUAGGGCAAGCACAUUUGCAGCUUGCCAGUAAUUUGGCCGAAAUGGUAUUACAACCAUUACUCAAAUCUAAGGAGGAGCAUGCCAAACGACUUAAAUCAAGUAGAGAUGAGUUAACAGAUUAUAUGAAAAUGUAUGAACGAUUAAUUGUGGAUGUAGAAAAAGCGCGUAUUAAUUAUCAGAAUAAAUGUAAAAUAGCAGAUGAAAUUGCUAAUGAAGCAUCGAUUCAAAGGUCUUUGGAAAAGGAAAAGGAAAAAAUGAGAAACGAAUUUCAAUUAUUAGUAGUUGUUCUUGGGGAACAGUCUUUUACUGAGGAUGAAAUUAUGAAAUUUUUCUUACGAAUGCGUGAAGAAAUUCCUUCUCACGAAGUAAAAUUUCCAAUAUUAGGAGUAUAUAAUGAUGUGUACACUGGUGAAGACAUCGCAAAAUGGUUGCAAGAAAAUCAUCUUAGUGCACGUACUUUGAGGGAAGCUGAAAUGAUUGGUCAAGAAUUAGCAGAUCAAGGAUUUUUACGUCUUAUUGGAGCAUAUGGAAAUAAAUUUACUAGUAGCCCUUCCGCUUACUAUCAAUGGAAAGCGAAGGCAUUUAAUCUUAGAACUACUGAAGAAGCCACUCCUUUGUCAAAAGGUUGGGGUGGUUUGGUAUCAACUAUUGCAUCUAAUCAGCCAAAUGAAAAACGUGCUCGUAAAGAGGCAGAUGAAGCUGACGAGGCUUAUAGACAUGCAGUUAGAAGACUUGAUAAAACUCGUCUACAUCUUGAAGAAAGUAUGAUCGAUCAUUUGAAUUUCAUGGAAAGAAAAGAAUUGGAUCGUAUUAAAGCUUCGAAAGCAGCUUUCCUAAAUUAUGCUGCGACAUUUAGUGGUAUUAUCUCCACAACUCAAAUGACGUCAGAGAGAUUGCUUAUAUAUCAUGAGGCCUUGAACCCGGAAAAAGAUAUUCGAUUCAUGAUUGAAAGGUACCGUACUGGUCCAUUCAUUCCACAGGUCAUCUUAUACAGAAAUCAGUACAAUGGAAGUGCAAAUGACCAGACAUUUGGCGUUCCUCUAGAAGAGAAAGCCAAACAUGAUCUUAAAUAUAUUCCACAGGUUGUAACAAAAUGCUUAAGUUGUAUAACCAAAGGAUUUUCUAAAUGGAGUGAUGCUGAUAAAAGACUUGUAUGGACAACAGAUGUCCCUUUGGCAUCAAUUCAUGCGCUUCGUGAUAAUAUUAAUGAUGGUGGAAAAGUUACAUUGAAAAAAUUAAGAGAAUAUGAUUUAACUAUUGUUGCAGGUGUUCUGAAAUUAUAUCUUUUAGAAUUACCUGAAUGUUUGCUUACCUUUGAACUUUAUGAACCCGUGAAGUUAUUAUAUUCAAUUAAUCCAGAUGAUCAAGAUGUUGAAACGCGUCUUUCCUCUGUAUCUAAUUUGAUAACUACUAUUCCAGAAGGAAAUUACCGGACUUUGAAUGCAUUCAUAUCUCAUUUGCAUCAAUUGGCCUUAUCUGUAGAUUCUAGUGAUAAUUUUAUUACAACUAUUUCUCAAAUAUAUGGUUUUAUUUUACUGAGGCCGGCAAAUAAGGUUUCAUUUUAUUUUGACGAUAAACAUCCGAUCAGAUUAUUAAAGGAUCUUAUUAUUAGUUAUGGUAGUAUUUUCAGAAAUUUAAACAUUACAUCGAGCUCAAUAGGCGAAAUUAUGAGACGUUCCGCAAGUCGAGAUUCUUUGCAAUCUAACAAAUCGACAAGAUCAACACGCUCAACUCUUUCAAAUCGUUCGAGUCGUACUAGGGAAAAUGUUGCAAAUAUUAAAAUAAAUACUUCCCCAUCUAUGAUUAAUGAUCAACAUAUUAGGGACGAUCAAGUGAAAGAGAAUGAGAAUAAUGAAAAUGUAACAUAUAUAAAUGGUUCUUCACCUCCCAAUAUAGCAACUAAUAUCAAUAAUAUGUAUACAAUAAAUGAUGCUACUAAGUCUGAUUCAAUGGUAAACAGUCCCAUUAGUCCUAUAACACGUUCCAAUCAUAAUAAGGAAGAUUCGUUAUCUUCUAAUUAUGGAACUGGAUUGGGCCGUCGUCGAGGAUUUCGACGAUCACGUGGAACUGGUUCGCCUUCAGGUUCAAUAAGUCGUACAAGAAGAAAGAAUCGUGAGUCAGAAAUUAAAAAUUUUAAUAAUGACCUAGAAAGUUACGAUGAUGGAAUGUCUGAUUCAGGGUCAACAGAAUCUUCAUCUGCAUCCCCAAUUAUUUCUACCAGAACUUAUUCAUUCCCAAAUAAAUCAUUUGUUUCAGUCGAUGAUAAUACAUUAGAAGCCGUACCUAUUACUCCUGAGCGUCCUUAUUUCAAUGAAGAAUCGGAGUAAAAUUAAAGGAUUAGUUUAUAUAUAUAUGUUUCUUUUUUUCAAAUUAAUAAUAAUUAGAUUAGUUAAAUGCAAUUUUAUAAAACGUAGACAUUCCAAUAAACAAUAUUUAAUAAAAUUUCUUAUUACUUCUA